AGAAAGGUGGUUCCAUUCCAUCCCCCUUCCUUGUUGCCCCAGAGGAGAGGAGAGAGGAGAGAGGAGAGAGAAAGAGAGGAGAGAGAGAGGCCGGGCCAAACGACGCCAAUCCAAAACCCCCAAAAGGAGCAAGAGAAAAGAGGGAGAGUGGGGAGUGAGCAGAGAGAGAACAAACCAAGAUACUACAUCCGCAGACAGUGGUUCGUUCGUCCGGGGACGAGGACGAGAACCCACCACUUUCUCUCCCUCUUCCUCGCCCUCCCUCCCUUCUCUCUUCUCUCCCUGCCCUGCCCCCCCCGACCGGACCCGUCCCGGAUACGUCGGAGCUCCGGGUGUCCUCCGCCCCGAUCGCCCCCCUGCCGCCGCCAGACAGAUUUGCCUCUUUCUUUUCGUUGGUUCUAGGAUAGAUACUACAUAGAUAAAUAAAUAUCCUGCCUUGGUUGGGUUGGGCGGGUUCUUGGGCGGCGCGGGGUUUCUUGGGGCAUGGCCGUGGCGGCGGUGCCGGACAGGACGCUCGCCCGCCGAAUGCUGCGGGUCGUCAGGCUCAACCCGCUGCAGCGCAGCGCCAAGAAUCCCUGAGGUUAUUUCUCUUUAAGUGCCAUUCAGAUUGGGAGGUAGUAUUGAUUCACCUGAGCAAGUCAAGCUGUCCAGUUAGCUCAAAGCAUUAAAGAUUGGAAUUUCACACGUGCAUUGCAUUCACACUGUGAUUUCCCUUUGGUGUCCUGUGAUGUGAUGAUCAGUGCUGGUUGCCGUCCGGGUCAAGGGGAAUUUUAGCAUGAUUGCUACAUGCUCAUUGUUUUGACUGUAAUACUAAUGGGAGCUAAAGUGGAAGGUGAGAGUUACAAUCCUGGAUACUAUGCUACAGGGGAUCUGCACAUGGACUCAAAUGGUUGGCGCUCUCCAUACUAUGAGGAUAGAACAUCAAAUGGACAGUUGUACAAUGGCUUCAUGACAAAGCAGGCAGAUGGUUAUUCAGAAUACGACAACGAAACGCUAAAGCGCACAAUGCUUUCACAUGAAGCUAUGUUUAGACAGCAGGUUUAUGAACUGCACCGGGUUUACAAAAUACAGAGAGAUCUGAUGAAGCAUUAUGAAAACAAAGAUGCAUAUGCAUACCCAGAACUGGCAGAUGCAUCACAGACAAAUUCGUCAUCACAAGUUCAACCAAAUGGCUCAAAGAUGAUAUGGCAGAUGCCUCUGGUGGCCAAAACAUACGGAGAGGCUACUGUUGCAGUGCACACUGAUACAAACCACUCCUUGAAGUUCCUUAGUGAUGGCAGUGUCCUGCCCUCUCCAAAUGGAUUCCCCUCGAAUGGUGUUGCUUUAAAUACCAAGCAAGGCAUUAUUGACCUUGAGCUUCCAGCUGAUCAUUAUAUAGAUGAUGACAACACAUCAGAUAAUAAGCCUAUAGAUGAUGCAUAUGCAUACCCAGAACUGGCAGAUGCAUCACAGACAAAUUCGUCAUCACAAGUUCAACCAAAUGGCUCAAAGAUGAUAUGGCAGAUGCCUCUGGUGGCCAAAACAUACGGAGAGGCUACUGUUGCAGUGCACACUGAUACAAACCACUCCUUGAAGUUCCUUAGUGAUGGCAGUGUCCUGCCCUCUCCAAAUGGAUUCCCCUCGAAUGGUGUUGCUUUAAAUACCAAGCAAGGCAUUAUUGACCUUGAGCUUCCAGCUGAUCAUUAUAUAGAUGAUGACAACACAUCAGAUAAUAAGCCUAUAGAUUUCCUUGGUGUAGAUUCGGGUACAAAACCUCCGAAUGGUGCAGAAGGCUUGGGGAGGUUCAAUGAUAAUAGCUCAACCUCUGGUUUGCUGACUACCAAUAAACCAGGAGGCUGCCAUGUCGCUGACCUGAAUGAGCCAAUUACUGGGAUGCAUAUGGGUGGAACAAACGGGUCAGUAUCCAGAGGUCUCCCGUAUACCUUGGAGAACUCUUGGCGCCAAUCUGCAGUGAGAUCAAGCACAGCUAACUUUGGUUUCAAUAAAGAAUACUCCAAAGAGAAGCAUACUGACGAAGGAACAAGCUCAAAUUUCCUUGAUGCAAGUGCCAAACUAAGACAGGACGAGAAACCAUUGAUUGAUAAAGGAAAACAAGUCAGCAACCAAUCUUUUUUUACACCCAGAUACAGCAAUGCUGAUCUGCAAAAAUCCUUCAAAGUUGCUGAUGGGAGAUCUGCAACCAAUGAGAUUAUUUACCAUGGUCAAAACAGUUCAGUUGGAUGGUUUUCAAAAGGUCCUAUGGGAGCAUCUCCCAUCAAUAAUUUUGCUAGACCUGACCAUCCACAUCAUUCAAGUAUUGGUACACUUGUUGCUCCAAUCUCCAUUCCUCACAUAGACCAUCCUUCCGUCGCCUCUCCUAUAGGUUCUUGCACAGUGGACCCAAGGAGCAGUGUUAUCAACAAUGCUUUCCAGCGAGUUCCAAGUUUCAAUGGAUCUUCAACUGUUAAUUCAUACAAGAGUCCUAGUGCUGUGACCCAAAGCAUUGGACCUUCGAUUCAUAAGCUGAAAAGAUUUGAUAAUUUGGAUGGUAGUUACUUUGGCUUUCCACCUGAUCCAUUUUCCGCAUCACGAUCCAGACAACAGGUUGCAAUUUCGAGCGAGUUGGAGCAAAGGAACUGCCUGAUGUUUGAACAUUCAGCAGCACGGCAGUCUCAUGGGUAUCCUCAGUCCACAAACGGCAAGGGCAUAAAGAACUUUAAUUUGAAUGAAGCACUGUCAGAUGGUCUGGAAGAGCUUGUAGAACGGGAUCGGAGAUCUGUUGGUAGUUUGCAGCAUAGUAAAGGCGAGGGAUCAGUAUUUGGGAUCUCUUGGCUAAAAAAUAAAGCUACUUGUGCUGACCCAACAGGGCUGGAAAAGCAAAGAAAGAUGCUUGGCCAUUCCAACGGGACUGCAGCAGACACGAAAAUCAACAAUAACUUGACAGGAAUAACACCGAUUGUUUGCAAUUUGUCAGAUUCUGCCUCGACGUCCCUAGGUUGCAGAAUUAAGAUAGAUGAUGCUUCUGAAGGCAUCACUGAUAGAACUUGGCUGGUAUGUAAUAAGACUGAGGAGAGUACUACGAGACAUUUACCACUUUCAAGCCAGAAACCCUUGGAUAGAGAUGGACAAGCUGCUGAAGGUGUUGUCAAGAAAAGUGGCGCCGCUGUAGUCAGAAAUUUGUUUGAUCUGAAUGAUGAUGUACCACAUGAAGAUAACUCAGAGUCAUCAGUAGUGUCACAUGAAUGUGAUGUGGUGGCCUUACAGAACAACCAUGCUAAGCGCACAUUUUUGUUUGACUUAGAAGAAGUGCCAGCUUGUGAAGAUGGUGCUGCCUGGACUUCUCAACAGGAAUGCACACCUUCUGGCAAGCUUGGUGCAUCCAAGGAAGCUGAUAUGUGUUUUCCAUCCGCUACAGAUGCAGCGCAGAUUAUUCUUGCGUUGUCAACGGAUGUGCCGACCACCACAGGCACACCCGAUGGUAUGUUGCAGUGGUUUGCAGAGCUCGCGAUAUCAAGCAUGGAUGACCAUGCCGAGCAAGCAAAAGUCCAGGGUUGCAUCGAUAAUUCCAGUGAUGAUGGUUCAGACUCAUUUGAAGCCUUGACACUGAAGCUGGAAGAGUGCAAGACCGAUGAGCGCUGGACCAGGACACCAGAACCACCACUGACAGACGAUGACCAAGCUGUUUCAGCGGUGAACCUGCUGUCCAAGCCAAAAAGAGGACCGCAAAGGAAGCGACGGCAGAAGCGAGACUUCCAGAAGGACAUCUUGCCCGGGCUUUCAUCGCUUUCCCGGCCUAAGAUCAUAGAGGACAUUCAGCUAAUUGAGGGGUUAGUACAGGCAUCUGGUGGAUCAUGGGAGUCGAGUUUAACCAGGCGAGCGCGCGGUGGGCGAACAAGAGGUAGAAAGCCCCGCAAAGACCAGCCAGCUACCGUAGAGAUAGAAGCCGAGGCGAGCCCACCACCCUCAAAACCCGACUCUGUUGGCUUAGAAGCUGAUGAAAGGGGCAUGGUUAGCUGGGGGCGAACAACAAGGCGGUGUCGCAAGCCACGAUGCCCAUCGGGCAAUAGCAUCGCAGCUUCGUCCUGAACGACCUCUGAUCCUGGUCGGUUUCGGAUUCGGAUUUGCCAUCGAGAUUGCGGUGGACUGGUAUAAAGGUAAAAAGAAAAAAAAAUCACAGCCAUGAGUGUGCAUACUCUGCUGGCCUGUUUGGCUGGCCUCCCCCCUCAGAGAUUCCAUGCCUUUUUCGGGUCGAAACAUGAUGUACAUUUUUUUUCUAUAAUAAAUUCUUAAACUAGUCUAUAUGUGACAAUUUCUGUAACAGCGUUGUAUUAAGCUGGGUCCAGGGCCUGAGAGGCCUGCUGUAAUUCUUGAGAUAGUGGCGAGGUACCUUGACUGGCCGGUACUUGGAAAUCAAAGAGGCUAAUCGGUGUAGUUCUAUAUAGUUUUAUCAUGUUUUGUUU